AAAGCCACCUGUUGCGAGGUUUCGAAGGCUGUUCUAAGUAGCAAGUGUGUGGAUCGCGUAGCUGUGCAUUUAAAUAUAUAUUAAACCGAGGUCUAAAUCAAAGUUGGCAACUAUUAAUAAAUGCUUAACUUAUUUUUAUUGUUUGAUCAGGUAUUGAUGAUAUGCUUAUAAUGGAAAUGCAGACGUCGUCUCAUCUGAGCCACGGCCUAACUACACAAUCGCCGGUUUUAGUGCACCAUCAGCAUCAUCUUACUCAUCAAUCCCAGCCCCACUCAGCACUGCAUUUGCAUCGACAUCAAAUGAUGCAGCAGCAGCACGAACUCUCGCAGCAGAUUAAUACAACAUCUACAACAUUACCUGCAAUACCAAUACCACAAAUUGAAAGCACAACAGCAGGUGAGGACAACAUUGGCACUCAUUCACUGCACCAUCAUCAUCAACACGUGAAUAACCUAGUCUAUAGCAACUCAGACUCAACCCAAAUCGAUAAUAAAUCGAAAGUUAAAUUUGACGUUUACUCAAUUGCUUCACCGUCAAUACAAGAGGCAUCAAAUCCAGUAGGAAGUGCAUUCCUAGGUCAAUCACAAGGCACUGUAGAAUGGAUUACAUCGCUGAAUGAUACCCAAAACAAUACGGAAGACUCUCAUAGUUCACAAGGCAGUAUCUCCGGAGAUGGUCACGGUGGAGUUAAUCAGCUGGGAGGUGUUUUUGUUAAUGGUCGACCUUUACCCGAUGUUGUGCGACAAAGAAUUGUAGAACUGGCCCACAACGGAGUGCGACCCUGUGACAUAUCUCGCCAGUUGAGAGUAAGCCAUGGAUGCGUAUCUAAAAUUUUAUCAAGAUAUUAUGAAACUGGAAGCUUUAAAGCCGGAGUCAUUGGGGGUUCCAAGCCAAAAGUAGCCACCCCUCCAGUAGUAGAUGCGAUAGCCAACUAUAAGCGAGAAAAUCCAACAAUGUUCGCUUGGGAGAUUCGUGAUCGAUUGCUCGCUGAAGGAAUAUGUUCGCAGGACAACGUUCCAAGUGUUUCUUCUAUUAACAGGAUCGUUCGAAACAAAGCUGCAGAAAAAGCAAAGCAUGUCCAUCAUCACCAACAACAACAAAUGCCACAAAGUCUUGGCAGUAACCACAACGCGAGUGAAAGCCUCGACAGCAGCACAGAAGCGGCAAGUGAGCAGCAGGCGUCGCUGACAACUGGCGUCACAACUGCCCGCAGCAAUUCCAGUAUCAUCAUUAACAACAACAACAACAACAACAAUAGCAGCAAUAGUAAUAACAACAACAACAACAACAUUGCAGCAUCAGUUAUCGCUCAAACGACAUCUGCCACAGGUUCUAGUACGAUAUCAAUACCGGGCCCUGUCUCUAACCAAGAAAUAGUUAACAACAGCAGUCGGAAUUCCAAUGUAAAUACCUCCAAUUCCACGAGCGAACAAGUAGCCGAACAGCGCUCAUCUGGUUCCGGUUCCGGUUCUGGGUCUGUAUAUAGCAUAAAUGGCAUACUAGGUCUGCAGCAUGCACACCCUCUGCAAAGCGCCAAUAACAACAAUACCGCUAACAACAACGUAUCGGAUCCAAACGGCAAACGAAAAAGAAUCGAAGGACAUGAUGAAAAUCGGGAUGUAAAUAUGCAUGUUGAGGAGGAUGUGAAGCGGCAGAGGUUCGCUUACGGUGGAGACCAUAUAUAUCAAAACAUAUGGUCUGGCAAAUGGUGCAUCAAAGAUGAGCACAAAUUGCUCUCCGAACUGGGCAAUUUAACAACUAACAGCAACAACGGCGUGCCUACUUAUUAUGAGGCGCCACCUAAUGCGUUUUCCUCCAACUCAAUCUCAUGUGCUAGUGCAAGCGUCGGGAGUACUAUUGGGAAUGAUUCUACAAUGUUAUAUGAUAGUAUUGCAACAAUAUCACAAAGCCAGAGUACUCUAUAUACGCCACCCAUCGGAUCCUCAAUUGGCAACAAUUCAUUGACGCCCCUAGUGCCUAUAAGUUUGCAAGAUAUGAAAUUUAGCACAAAUGUACAGGAACAGACCAUUCCUCCCUUCUAUACAGCAAUAGCCAUCGAAAAUGGUAGUUAUGCAACAAUAACAAACUUGGACAACGACAGAAACUCAACGAAUAUGGAAAUUAUUGAGUCAAGUGCUGCAAGUUGCAAUAAUUCGUCAAUUGCACAAUUAUCAACAAUUGGAGUUGGAGUUGGAGUUGAAGUUGAGCAACGAAACGAUCAUCAAACAACAAAGGAGUCCGGCAGCGUAGAUUUGACGGGAGAGGAAAAGUGCAAUAAUAAGAGCCAACAUCGCAAUGACCUUGGAAAGCAUCCCAGUGGAAUAGGCCAUUCCGAACAUCAUGAUAUACCAAUAGCUCCUCUGAUGAAUAUCGAGAAUCAACAACUACAUCAACAAGAAGGCACGAAUAUCAAUGUCCCACCUUCUUUAAUACUCCUACAGUCACAGUGUAGCACUAACAGUUCUUCGACGGGCCAAAUACGAUCCGAAGUCGAGGCCAAUUCAAUAAGCAACAGCAAUAAUGCCUCGAUUUAUACGACGCCCACAUUGCUUCCCAGUUUUAGUCCCUACUCCGCAGCAUGCGGUCCAGUUGUGCCAAGUACAGAUUACACAUAUAAUCCUGCCUAUACACAAUAUGGUGGUGCUUAUGGUUCGUAUAGUUAUGGCACUAGUAGUGGAUUAAUCAAUUCAUCAUAUUAUUACGAAUGUGGACAAAAUCAAGCGGGUCUCAAUCAAGAUUUACGCUCGCCUCUUGCGGCAACUAGAGCAAACUCGCUAGCUUCAGCCGCAUCGCCAACUGGCAGUGCAUGCACUAAGUCGGAGACAUCAGACUUAUUUCUUGUAUAGGCCGUGGAGAACUGCAACUAAUUCUACAAGUACAUCAGGGAUAGCAGAUGUUUCACAAAGUUAUACGACACCUAAACGCGCGCGGAGCAUAUAUAGUGUUUUUUCGAUAUCUUUGAACCGAAAUUUUAAAUAUAGUAUUUAUUUUAAAAUUUCUACCCUCCGAUCUGAUCAAAUACAUUAUUAAUUGUUAUACAUCAUCAA